AUGGUUCGUCACGCUACUACAAACGCCGUCAUAUUCGACGAAGGACUAGGUUUUUUCCUUGUCAAAGCUUUAACUCAUGGACAGAAAGCCCAAUCCGACAUCAAGUUCGCCAACAUAGUCCACCCCACCAUCGCCCCAGAACUAAUCUAUACCACACAAUACCUCCACGUCAAAGACGCCCUGUACUUCAAGUUCUGCAACGGCGGCGAUCUCCGCCAAGUAAUCGACCUCUACGUCAAGAAGGAAGAGAACGUCCCCGAGGAUUUCAUCUGGCACUGGCUGAAGACCGCAUGUUCCCACGUCGCCAGUCUCCAUUACCCGCUUGACCAUCGAGAUGCAGUAGACCCGCUCAUCCACCGCGAUAUCUGGCAAGGUAAUUUCUUCCUCGACUGGCCGAACCCCAUCCCAGACCCAGCUCCCCUCCCGCAGAUCCUGCUAGGAGACUUUGGCUCUGCACAAUACGUGUCGGACGGAGACGUAGGGCGCGGCCCAACCGGCAUCGGAAACGAUAUCUACAGCAUCGCGUUCGUGCUUCUCGUUCUCUUGCUCGGGAAACCGCUUGCUUUUGCAGGAGACAAUGUUCAGCAGGAUGAAGUCCGAGACCUGAUUCCAGACAUGUACUCAGAUGAAAUCAAGGACGUCGCGGUCGAGCUUUCCGAACACGUUGUAGGUACGAGAUUCCGCGUCCGGGAUGCGCAGAUCGUCAACUGGAGCGAACCAGACACGUUGGAUCUGGCGCGCGAUCUGAUCGCACUCGGAGAUCGGAUGUUGGCGAGGUUCGCUGAGGAUGGUCCACCUACCGAUCUUAGCUGGACGAAGCCGGAGGUGAGUGAUUUGCCUCUUUUCUUUGCCGAUGCUGCUUCUUUGGAUGAAUGGUGCGUUGUGAAUAAUGAGGAUAGACCACUUGAGGGUAGGUACUUCCUUGUUCCUAUUCAGCAGGAUUCACUGCGUAUCCUGCGUCGUUCGGAUCGUUUGAAUCCUGGGCAGUAUAGACGGCCUGUGAAGAGAAGUCGAGAUGACGAAGAACAAGAAGAAGCAUCUGAAGUUACGCGUUUGCGUCGUUGA